AAGAGGUUUUUUUCUAUUUAUUUAUUAUUUUCCCAUAAGUUCGAUACUCCACUCUCUAACCCAGUUGGUGGCGGAAAUGCACCAUAAGUUGGUUUGCUAACCGCCUUAAAACGUCGAAGAAGAAGAAGACGAGGCGGAAACGCGCCUUAAAACGUCGAAGAAGAAGAGGCGGAAACGCGCCAUAAAACGUCGAAGAAGAAGAAGAGGCGGGAAAGCGCCAUUAAAGAAGAAAAAAUAAGAAUUUGAGCUUUCGAUUUUCAUCAGGAGAGAGUUGAGGACAAAACUGAUGGAGAGAGACAAAAGUUUACAGGAGCUGGAGAAGGUUUCCUGUCAAUCUUCAGUGUGUGUGACUGAUGGGACCUCCACAGAAUGUCAGGAUUCAGUGUGGAGCGUCAGAGAUCAGAGAUCUGAACAGAGAUCCAGAAACACACAGGACUCAGAGCUCAGCCUCAUUUUACUCUGUUAUACUGACACUCAGGAGAGUGUGUGUGACAGUAAUCAGGGUGAUCAAACCUCCACAGAGUCUCUGGCUUCUGUCUGUAACACUGGAGAACAGCAGAUACCAGUGAAGAUUGAAGUGAAGCAGGAGGAGAUAAAAGAAGAAAACACAGCAGAGGAACAACAGAGAAAUGAUGAUGAUGAUGAUGAACAUCUGAUGCUGCAGACACCAGUGAAGAUGUGUUCAGUGAAGCUGCUGGACUGCAGGAACCUGAUGAAGAUGAGAAGAGAAACAGAGGAACAACAUGAUGAAGAUAAUGAUGAAGUCAUUCCUUCGGAUCCAUUCACUUUCCUGCCCGUUUGGAAGAUGGCACGCUACACAGGUGAGGAAGAGUUCACAUUUUCCUCAGAAGAAGAGCGGGACUCCGACGAGGAACAUUUGCAUUUUGAAGAGCGACUUGAUCCAGCCGAGGAUACAAUUCCGGAUGACUAUAAGAAUGAUAGUGAUCAGACACCUGUUGCAAAGAGGGCCAAGACAAACAUUCAGUCCACGCUGUCAUGGAAAACAGAGACUGAUAUUGACAUGGUUCCACAGACUCUGAGAUUCCUGCCUGCACGGGAACCUGGACCACAGCUGAGUCCUGCUGAUGCACACACUCCCCAGAGUCUCUUCAAAAUGUUUUUUUCUGAGAAUGCAGUGUCAACUCUGUGCCACAACACCAAUGCUCAGGCUGCCAGGGUGAUUGCAAAGGGCCGCAAAUAUAAAUGGAUAGAUGUCAGCAUCAGUGAGAUGUACCACUACAUUGGCCUGCUGUUUUACAUGGCCAUGGUGAAGGUGAGCUCCAUUAGAGACUACUGGCGGCAAGACAGUCUUUUCUCUGUGCCUUUUCCUGCCACAGUCAUGUCAAGAGAAAGAUACCGCACCAUUUCAUGGAAUGUGCACAUGAGUCACCCAGAUGCAGAUAAGCAAAAUGACAGAAAAAGGGGCACAGCUGAACAUGACCGUCUUUUCAGGGUCAAGCCUCUUAUGGACACUAUCCGUCAUGCUUGUAAAGCCAUGUAUCAUCCUAAAAGAAACUUAGCUGUGGAUGAAAGAGUGGUGGCAUGUAAAGCAAACACAAGAAUGUCACAGUACAUGAAAGCCAAGCCAACCAGGUGUGGCUUCAAGUUGUUUGUCCUUGCUGAUUCAUCGAAUGGAUACACUGUGGACUUUUCUGUGUACACAGGAAAAAACAACUUUCCCACAGGUCAUGGACUAUCAUAUGAUGCUGUGACAUCUCUUUUGGACUGUGAAGUUUUAGGCUCUGGGUACCAUGUGUACAUGGACAAUUUCUACACAAGUCCAAAGCUCCUGACAGACUUGUUUGCCAUGAAGUUUGGUGCUUGUGGGACUUACAGAGACUCUAGGAAGGACUGCCCACGGGAUGCAACUAAUUCACUCUCGGAAACAUCUGCCAGGGGAUCCAUCAGGUGGAUUCGGGAUGGACCUCUUGUAUUUGUGAAGUGGAUGGACACACGAGAGGUAUCUGUCUGUUCUACCAUCCAUUCUGCUUAUACAGGUGAGACUGUGCAGAGGAGGGUGAAAUCACAAGAUACAUGGAGGACAAAGACAUUUCCAUGUCCUGCACCUGUGACUGCCUACAACAAACACAUGGGGGGCGUCGACCUGUCUGAUCAGCUGUUACAGACAGCUGUUGCACAACGCAAAACAAUGAAGUGGUACAGAAAGAUCUUUCUACACUUACUGGACAUUGCUUCCACCAACGCUUUCAUUCUGCACAAAGAGCUAGGUGGUAACAUGACCCACAAAGAGUUCAUGGAACAGCUUAUCGCAGAGCUCUGUGGUGUGUCACAGAAAGUAGCACCAAAACAGACCAGUAGUGACCAUGUACCGGUUCCAGGAGCUGAGCUGACAUCAGAUGCAAAGAAUGUUGCCACUGUUAGUCGCCGGAAGUGCAUGCUUUGCAAAGUACAGCACGGUAAAAGGCAGGUCACACCUUGGAAAUGCCAGGCAUGUGAUGUUCACUUGUGUCUUCAGUUGAACAGGAACUGUUUUCAAAAAUGGCACAAAGGCAUGUAACUGUAUUCUCAAAUCUGUGUGCUGUGAACUGUUCACUUCAAAGUUUACAAUGCUUAUGUGCAUUACUGUGUGAGCGAGUAUCUUACCUAUCUAAAACUUUUAAACGGUAGUGUAGGUCUAAAGUUUUUAAGACUUUAUGUAAAGCAAAUGUAUAGUCCGAUUACUUCUUUUAACUUAAACUUGAUUUUGUGAAUAAGCUACAAACAAUACAUUCAAUCAUUAAGUCUCCCCACAUUCAUUCUCUCUCAGGGGAGGGGUCUUUGUCUCCUCAGGUGUGAAUCACAUUAAUAUUCAUGAUCAUCCACGCCUCCGCAUAUGGCCUUUCUAACACUAAAAGUGUCUUACAAAAGUUAAAUGACUAUAUUGUUUUGUAUGAAUGAGUGAUCAGGAUCGUUUUCACAUCAUUUUGUAGCAAAAACUCUAGGUUACAAGAUCCAGUUCUCAAAAGUCUUGUGAACAAAUGUUUAGUAUGUGUUAUAUGGACUUAUUUCAGUGACUUAAAUUUGUUGUUUUUCAAAAACCACACAUAAAUGUUAUAUUCUCAAAAAUGCAAACAUGUACAUACAUGUUGUUCACAUAUUAUUGUAGUCCAGUUGUGCUGAAUACAGUGUUAUCAGACUUUAGCCAUUAACAUGUUUUUAAGCAACUGAAAAAAGCACAAAUGUCAAGGCAUGUCAAAACUUCUCCAGGGCCCAAAAACACCCUCAGACCCCAGAGGGUUAAACUAAAGUUAACAAGGACAAUCUGACUGUAAAGUCUUAAUUUUUCUUUCUUUACUUUAUAGGUUUUGGGUUGGUCUGUAGUAGAGGUCGACCGAUAGUGGAUUUUGCAGAUACCAAUACCUAAGUUGAUGGAAAAGGCAGAUUAAUCGGCCGAUAGUUUUUAAAACAGAUUCAUAGAAAUGUACAAAAACAUUCUUAGACUUUCAUUACUAUGACGGACAUAUAAACAAGCCUGGAAUACACAGUGGACGCUAAUUUUGAAAUGACAGAGACAUGGCUCUAUAUUUAAAUUAUUCACAAGAUAUAAUGUUGGAGACACAAUGUAUGUGCUGACGGGACACGUUUCCAUAUAGUCUUAAUUUUUCUUUGCAUGUCCUUGCUUAAAUUUUAAACACUUGAUCAUAUAAUCAAAAUAACAAAAUAUACAUUGAAGUGAGGGUAAAAAUAUGGAUGAAUAUUGUCAAUGAUGAAAGAUUGAGGAACACUGAGUAAUAAAAAAAAAUAUAUAUUGGCAAAAAUCUCUAUAGAUUUCUGCAGAUAACCGAUAGUUCCGAAAUGCAACUGUCGGCACAGAUUUUUGCAGAUUACCGAUAGUUCCGAAAUGCAACUGUCGGCACAGAUUUUUGCAGAUUACCGAUAGUUCCGAAAUGCAACUGUCGGCACAGAUUUUUGCAGAUUACCGAUAGUUCCGAAAUGCAACUGUCGGCACAGAUUUCUGCAGAUAACCGAUAGUUCCGAAAUGCAACUGUCGGCACAGAUAGAUUUUUGCAGAUAACCGAUAGUUCCAAAAAGUAACUAUCGGCACAGAUAGAUUUUUGCAGAUAACCGAUAGUUCCGAAAAGCAACUAUCGGCACAGAGUUUUGCAGAUAACUGAGAUUAAUCGGUAAAACUGAUAUUAUAAUUUUUGCUUGAUAUAAAAAAAGUUUAUGAUACUACCUCAUUUACAGAGCUAAGAAAACAUUUGUUUUUUUGCAUCACUAUUUUUAGAGAGAAAAAAAACUACUUUUUUCUCACAUUAUGAAAUAAAAAUUUACUUAAGUCAUAAAAAGUAAAGCCAAAUUGUUCAUAUUGGUCUCCACUGGUCAAAUGUAAAAAUAUCAUGUAUGAAUGCGUUGAGUGCUAACUGUCAUAAUCUAUAGUCUUGAAUUUAUCUUGACUUUUUUUUUUUUCAUUUUAUUUUGUUUUAUUUCAUUUUUUGUCAAAAUGUUAAAAAAAAUACAUUAAAGGUUUGUUAAAAACUUUUAGGUAAAACUUUUUAAAAACAUUGAUUUAGAAAAUGUCCAAAUAAAAUCAAUGUAAAAAUUAUAAGAAAUAAUUCUGCAAUUGUGUAAUUGCAGAAAAAUCUCAUCUAAAAGCUCAAAAAUAUAUAUAUUAAAAAUAUUAUAAAUGUAGCAGGUGUGUUCAUGGUUGGAGGGGUGGGGGUUGCAAUUUGAGUUUUUCCUUUUAUUUUAGAACUGUGUCUUUAGAAACAAUGAAACACUGAAAAGGUAAAGGAGACAUGCCAUUUUGACUGGCAUACGAAUAGAGAAGCAGCACGACUAAACUUGAAUGUGAAGUUUAAUGAAACGUUAUGAAACAGUAAAACAGCCUGAACAAAUAUAUGCAAAAUGUCAGAAUGAAUUUACAGUAAAAAUCAGUUCAAACAUGUCCAUAAACCUAUGAUAGUCAUAAAUAAAGUCACUUUAGAAUCAUCACUAAAGGCCUGUGAGUGAAAUAUGAACAGAAACAAACAGGAACUCAUGCAAACAAUAAACACCAGCAAACAAAAACAUGCCAGAAAAAAAUAUGUAAAUACCGUGCAUAUCAGCAGUCAGUACAGGAAUAAAUUAAACACUUUAUCAGGCAGAAGCAAAUGUAUUCAUUCUUAAAUAUAUUUUACCAGCUCUUUAUACUGUACAUUAUUUACAGACUAAUGCAUAAAAUAACAGAGAAUAGUUCUUCAGUGACACAGGACUGUUAAAAACACCUCAAGGCACAUUAAAAAUAAACUCGUUAAAUAUUCAUCCUAUCAAAUGAUGCCUAUGCGUUCCUGCGUUUGUAUUUAAUAUCACAUCAAUGUUCAGUUUUCAGAUGAAGACACUUAAAAGGUUUGAAAACAUGCAGUUUGUUAAAAAACAAAGUAAAAAUCAAACAAAGUCGUACUGUAGUCUUACCAAAAAUAUAAAAAUGUUCCGGGCUCACAAGUUAAAUAAACUAAUUUUGCAGACACAAGGUCUGGAUUUGUUUCACAAACCUUUAAACAAAACUUGCCUCAUUUCAAGACUGAAAGAUCAGCAGUUUAUUGAGUCAGAUUGAUUCAGUGAGUUCAUUCAGAGGAUUCGUAUCUGAUUCAAACCAUUCCCAACGUAACUUGUGAGUCUUUUGGAGCGAUUCAAUAUAAGAACUGGCUCAUAUGAUUCCUUUGUUCAAGAAACAGUUAAAAAUAUAGCUCAGUGAUUAAAGACGAUGACUAUCACACCUGGAGUCGUGAGUUCGAAUCCAGGGUGUGCUGAGUGACUCCAGACAGGUCUCCUAAGCAACCAAAUUAUCCCGGUUGCUAGGGAGCGUAGAGUCACAUGGGGUAACCGCCUCGUGGUCGCUAUAAUGUGGUUCUCGCUCUCGGUGGUGAGUUGUGCAUGGAUGCCGCGGAUAAUAGCGUGAAGCCUCCACACGCGCAACUUCUCCAUGGUAACACGCUCAACAAGUCACGUGAUAAGAUGCACGGAUUGACGGUCUCAGACGCGGAGGCAACUGAGAUUCGUCCUCCACCACCCGGAUUGAGUCACUACGCCACCACGAGGACUUAGAGCGCAUUGGGCAUGCCAAAUUGGGGAGAAAAUAAAAAUAAAUAAAAAGAUAUAGCCGCAAGCGGUAAUCCAAGCACAUGUGACGAGAACAUGACCAAAUAGCCAAAUUUGACAGAAUAGAUCCUGUGGCUGUUUUGGUGAUGAAUUUCAACUUCUUUGAUCACAGCUGCACAAUUAGGAUUUUAAGUCUUGGCGCCCCCUAGCAUUAGAGAAUGAUCAAGUUUGGCAUGCCGCCUCAAUAUGUUUUUGGACUUUGGUGAAAAUGGGCCACGGCCAAAUAUUUUAUUGGCUUGUAACUCUGAAGCGCUUUGACGAAUUAAAAUUCUUUGAAGACAUUUUUGUCAGGAAGGCCCCUAGAUGAUAUAUGCCAAAUUUGAGGGAUUUAGAGAUAACCCAAGUAUCACAGAUACUAUCGAUAGAACUUAACUUGCCCUGAACCCGGAACAUUCCUUUAAAUUCUCUGCAGGAUAAGUUUAAGUCUAACACACAUUGUAAUAAUAUUUAAUACAAACUGCUGGACUACAAACAGAAAAUGAAAGUUUUAGUUUAGAACAGUUUUUGCAGGUUUACAUGAUUUGUGAUGUGAGAGUGAUGGGGUGUUUGCCAAUAGGCAACAUUUACAUUUCACCCUGACUGUUACCAUGGAAACCAUGAUUUAAGACUUUGGAUAUCAACGCGACCCCAGCGUCUUUUUUUCUUUGCCAUUUCGGCACAAUAAGACUAGCAGUUUGAGGUUAAACUUUAUAAAAUAUGUCUCUAAGAGUUCAGAUCAAUAAAUAAAUUCAUAUUAACAAGAUUAACUCUUUAUGAUAAUAUAUGCAAGUAUAUACUGUUUACAUUUACAAAGAGAUCCAUUAAUACAGAAAAACUUUAAAACAUUCAGUAAAGUUUAGAACUUCAGUGUUGCAGCGACAACUGGAGUAAACACAACCAAUGAAAUACAGCCCAUUCCUAUCAGUGUGUGUGUGUGUGAUGUGUUCUGUGUGAGUGAGUGUGUGUGGUGUGAGUUUGUGGUGUGUGAGUGUGAAUGUGUGUGUGUUCUGUGUGAGUGA